UGCACCACUGCUCUCUUCUGGACCACAAAGACUGAGAGAGCAUUGAUGAAAAGACAGCAGGUGACUUAGGGAGGGAUACUCUUUGAAAACAAGUGUAGAUUUAAAGGAAAACUAAAUGUACAAACCUUUGUCUCACCAAGGACUUUCAGGCAACCAUAAAGACAACAUUGGGACCCUUUAAUGGACUUUUGUCAUAUAACGUUAAGCAAAGAACUACAGUAGUACACACAAUCUGGAGCUGAUAAUGAUUCUAUAAAGCAUCUUUAUCACUUUUUCGCUAUGCCAAGUUCUACUUACCUAUGCCUGUUGAGGGCAGUUUUUCUGGUAUGCUGUGUUAACCCUUUCAUCCAAGGAAUAAGUGCAGAUGCAAACCAGUGUGAGGAGCCUCAACAUCGACUGAAACCAAAUCUCACAGAAGUACCGAUAGUCACAUUCGCAUGGCAUCAUGUGCAGACCCCAUACCUGGUUAUGGUGUGGGUAUUUGUGUCAUGCUUGGCAAAACUAUCAGUGAUUGAAAUAAACCACCAUGUCACCAGUAUGGUCCCAGAGAGUGGGAUGCUCAUCAUCCUGGGAUUUAUCUUGGGAGGCAUUGUCUGGGGAGCAGACAAAAUGCAGACUUUCAAAUUGCUUCCUUACACUUUCUUCUUCUACUUGUUGCCUCAGAUCAUUUUGGAUGCAGGUUACUUUAUGCCAAACAAGCUAUUUUUCAGCAACCUGGGAGCCAUUCUUGUUUAUGCCAUCAUCGGAACUUGCUGGAAUGCAGCUGCCAUUGGCCUCUCACUUUGGGGCUGCUAUGAGGCCGGAGCAAUGGGUAACCUGGACAUUGGCCUUCUGCAAUUCCUGUUGUUUGGCAGUCUAAUCGCUGCAGUGGACCCAGUGGCGGUGAUUGCUGUUUUCGAGGAAGUGCAUGUAAACGAUGUGCUGUUUAUCCUGGUUUUUGGAGAGUCAUUGCUCAAUGACGGAGUCACAGUGGUGCUUUACAAUGUGUUCGAUGCCUUCGUUUCUAUAGGAGGUCCAAUGAUUGAUGCUGCAGAGAUUUUCAAGGGCAUAUCUUCAUUUUUUGUGGUGGCGUUUGGAGGCUCACUUCUCGGCGUUGUGUUUGCCAUACUGCUGUCCCUGCUGACCAGAUGCACCAAGAACAUUCAAAUCAUUGAAGCUGGCUUUGUCUUUGUUUUGGGCUACCUGGCUUACCUGACAGCAGACAUGCUCUCCCUCUCUGCAAUACUUUCAGUCACCUUCUGCGGUAUAUGCUGCCAGAAAUAUGUGAACUUCAACAUGGAUGAGAAAUCAGUUACAACAGUUCGUCAUACCAUGAAAGUGCUCGCAAACGGCUCGGAAACCAUGAUCUUCGUAUUCCUUGGCAUAACAGCAAUCGAUGAAGCCAUCUGGGUUUGGAACACUGGCUUCAUCCUCCUCACCCUCCUCUUUGUAUUUAUUUACAGGAUCAUAGGUGUUUUCUUCCUUACCUGGAUCUUAAACAAGUUUAGACUUGUUCCCAUUGAAGUCAUUGACCAGGUUGUGAUGAGCUACGGUGGCUUGCGAGGAGCAGUUGCAUAUGGAUUGGCAGCCAUGCUGGACGAGAACAAGAUAAAAGAGAAGAAUCUCAUGAUUAGUACCACACUCAUUGUGGUGUAUUUCACUGUCAUAAUUCAGGGAAUCACGAUGAAGCCAUUGGUUCAGUGGCUUAAGGUCAAAAGGGCAGCUCAUUUUGACUUGAAACUUGUUGAAAAAGUGAACAAUAGGGCAUUUGACCACAUACUUUCAGCAGUGGAGGACAUUUGUGGACGCAUAGGAGACAACUGGUGGACCAGAAACUGGAAAAGAUUUGAAGAAAAGUAUAUCAGCAGGUUAUUGAUGAAACCUAAGGCCAGAAAAAACAAAGACGAUCUCUUUAGUAUCUAUCACAAACUCAAUCUCGAGGAUGCCAUGAAUUAUGUCUCUGAGGGUGAACGCCAAGGUUCUCUGGCAUUCAUUCGUAGUGAUAAAGCGGCCAACAUAGAUUUCAAAAUGCAGUUUGGUUCGAAAUAUCCACAUGUGAUCCCUGAAAUAAUGGUCGAUAUGUCGAAUUACGAGUUUGGGAUUGAAAAUACUUCAAUAACCUCCAUUGUAAAAGACAGCGUCCCAUCCAUAUCCCUUGACAUCCAUGGGCAAGACCAUAAAAAAUUGGUUGACGACCACAAUGCCCAUCAUCUUCUACAACAGCACUUAUACAGGAGCAGAAAGCAUCACCGUCACAAAUACAGUCGCUAUCAAUUUGGCAUCAACCAAAGUGAGGAUGAAGUGCAGGAGAUCUUCCAGAGGACCAUGAGGGGCCGCCUUGAGUCCUUCAAAUCUGCUAAAAUGGGUGUCCACCAUGCCAAAAAAACCAAGCACAGCAAGAAGGUGUCUAUUGGACACCCAGAUGAUAGAGGCUAUCCAAAUGGAGAUGAAGUUGACAGUGCUGUUGUUAGUGAGACUAGUGCCACGAAUGGCCAUUUCACAAGAGACACAUAUAUAAUGGGAGCAGGCAUAGAUAAUCCAGCAUUCAUGCCAGAUAUGGGCACUCCCAUACAAAGCCCACCCUGGCUAAUGGAGCCAGAGACGGACAUGGCUGUUGCACCUUCCCAAAGGGCACAGGGACGCUUGCCAUGGACACUCAACAGGCUUGUGCCAAUGAGGAUCAGCAACUGUUCUAUGGACUCUUUCCUUAUUGCUGAUGCAUCUUUAACUCAGAAUGUGCAUGAGGAACAGCCUCAAAGAGACGAUGCAGAAGUGUAACUACACAUCCUCCAGUUCAUUAACAUUAACCUGAAAUUAGCUGAUUAGAUAAGUACCCUGCUUGUGUACUGGUAUCCCACCUGGCUGCUUAACUAUCUUAAUAAGCAAUAUUAGACCAGCCUUCACUGGAAGAACACAAUACACUACUAUAUAUGGCAGUAGUAUGUGGGCACCCAAACAUUACACCAACAUGUGCUUGUUGAGCAUUUAAUUUCAAAACCAUGGGCAUUAAUCUUCUGGAAAGAUUUUACAAUACAUGCUGUAACAUGGCUGCAGGUAUUUGCUCUCAUUCAGACUCAAGCAUCAGUUUGGUUAGCCACUGAUGCUAGGCCAAUGGGGCGUGGCAUGCAGUCAGCAUUCUAAAUCUUCCCUAAAGUGUUCAACGCGGUUAAGGUCUGGUCUUUGUGCAUGCCAAUUAAGUUGCUCCACCCAGCCAGAAUCGUUAAUUAGAAGAGGGUGUCCACUUACUUUUGCCCAUGUAGUUCACAGGGAAUGGCACAUCAGAUCCCUUAAUUUAAGUAUUAUUUGAACGGUACAAUAUACCAAAGUAUAUAUGUUGCUGACUAUGCACAUAUUUAUGAUUACAAGUGACGAUUCCAUGAAUAGAUAUUUCAGGAUAAUGCCGCAUUACAGAAAGUACAAAUCAAGCUGACUCCAAAGACAUAAUGCCUGUAGAGUCCAGAGAUUUCAGUCCAUUACAAAAUAUAAAAAAUUAGGUGGAACUGGAGAUUUGCUGCAUGAAUCCCACAGAAUCUGCAAGACACUGAUAAAUUAACAAGGACCAACGUUUAAUGUUAGAAUGUUUCCGGGAACUUUUUGAAUCUAUUUAGACAAUUCUAAAAGCAACGAAAGGUACUUAACAGUACUUACUGACUGUAUUUAAAAAAAGAAACAAAAGGAAGUACUAUGCAACUUCCUUUUCAAAGUUCUGUAUAUUUUGUCAAAUAAAAAAAUGUCUUUCCUGCAUUACAGUAUUUUUAACUAUAUAAAAAGGAAGGAAUAUUUAUAUAGUUAUAAUUUUUUUGUUUGUACGUAAUGCGAGUGUGGGGUGAAUUGUUUAAAAUAUUUUUAAAUAUCAAAUAUGUGCAGAAUAUUUUAAAUCUGUUGUAUCCUGGUAUUCAAAUAAUGUCCAAGUAGUUUCUCUAAAUAAUAUGGCAUCAUGUAUUUUCCAUCAUGGGAUUAAUAAAUGAUCAAUCAAUCCUUCUAAUGACAUAAUCUGUCAAGUUUUGCCAUAUUCACUACUUUUCAGCAUCUGUACAUUGAUGUCGAUGAUAAUUGUAUGUACAUAUACAAAAGGAUCUCAAUCUGUACCAUUCCUUGUUAACAAAUUAUACUACACUCACUGAGCACUUUAUUAGGAACACCUGUACACCUCUUACAUAUUCAUGCGAUUAUUUAAUCAGCCAAUCAUGUGGCAGCAGUACAAUUAAUUAAAUCAUGCAGAUACGGGUCAGGAGCUUCAGUUAAUGUUCAUAUCAACCAUCAGAAUGGUGUCAACAACGUGAUCUCAGAUGGGCUGUUUGGGCUGGUUUGAGUAUUUCUGUAACUGCUGAUCUCCUGGAAUUUUCAUGCACAACAGUCUCUAGUUUACUCAUAAUGGUGCAAUGAACACAGUUCUGCGGAUGGAAAUCCCUUGUUGAUGAGAGUGGUCAACGGAGAAUGGCCAGACUGGUUCGUGAUUACAGAAACGCUACAGUAUCUCAGAUAUCCACUCUACAAUUGUAGAGAGCAGAAUAGCAUCUCAGAAUGAACAACACGCCACGGUCAAACCUUGAGGCGGAUGGGCUACAACAGCAGACCACCACAUCGGGCACUUUAUUAGGGCCAUAGUGUUCUUAAUAAAGUGUUGAGUGUAUAUAGUACAAUAAUGUGAGCAGUAAAUGAUAAUUUACCAAUACCACAACUAAACAAAACAUACUGAAUGUAUAUUCUAUAUUUAUUCAUAUGCAUAAUGUUUGUCCAGACAAAACAGUUGAAAAACAUAUCCAUCAAAGCUUGCAAACAUACAUUUAUUAAAAUAUUGACAAUUAAAUAGAACAACCAAAUAAAAAUAAGGGACCACGAUUAGAAGGGUUGAAAUAAACAAAAGAAUCAAAUAUAUUUCUAAAACAAGACAGUUGUGUUAUAAGUUAGUUAAAAAUUGUUAUUUCAGCACACAGUAACUAAACCAUUACGCCAAAGCAUUGAAAGUUUGUUACAUCACAAUGGAAACAGUGCUGAAUUCUAUGAAGUUCCUUCAAUUUAAGAAGCUUACAUAGUUCGAUCAAUCUGGACACUGGUACUUAAUAACACUGAUCGUAUUCUUUACAAACAAGAUGUUUGAUUAGUUGCUAAUAAUGAGCUGUUUUUAAUCACAUACUGUAUAUAGAUGUCAUAAUUUAGCAAUCAGUGCCAAUGAUCAAUAGCUCCUUUGAGAUCCAGCAAACCAUUUUUGCAGCAUUGCUGAUACAUCCCAAAUAAAUUUACCACAUUAUUAAUGUAACAGUUGGAUCAGGUGUGUUUGUUCCUGGCUAGAACCAAACCAGUUGAUAUAAAGGUGUCCAGAAAUGAAAUUCAGGCCAAGUACUGUAUUAGUGAUGUUACCAAUUAAGUUAUUGCUAUUUCAUUACAUACAGAGAACACAAAUUUGACACUGACUGUAGGAAACGGUUUAGAGACAAGAAAAAAAAAAAAAAAGGUUUGGGAUAUAACUGACAUUCCCAGGCUUCAUAGAGUAGCCUUCCUGCUCAGUGCUUGAUCUGUUAGUUAUGCAGUGCCAAAAAAAAAAAAAAACCCUUGUAGAAAGUUUGGUCCAGAGACCAUGUAACUGGCAAGCUCCGUUAUUUGUUGUGUUCUUGGCGAAUAAAGAGGCACAAUCACACACACACACACA